AUGCAACAACAACAACACCCAUCUACAACAUCCACUCCUUCAAACCAACACCAACAAUCUCCACAGCUUGUUUCUGUAAGUCGCAGUGGAAGUUCAGCUUCAAUCUCUUCAUCUCAUCGUUUCAUCUCAAGCAGACAUAACUCCAUGGCUUCUCACUCGGGUCUUCCACAAGUCCCACAACCAACAGCUUCACAAUCAACUCCUCAACCCUAUACUCAACAACUGCAACAGCAACAACAACAACAACAACAAUCUUCAACCCCACAAUCUUCUCAACAACAACUGCACACGACCUCUCGCCGUAAAAUGUCAAUUAGUGGUAAACUCAAGUCCAUGUUUGGGAAUCAUCAACAACAACAACCGGGUCCUUCAGUUCCUAUACAGACUUGUAUUCCUCCUCCUCAUACAAAUGGAACCACCAGUUUACAAUCACCACCACCACCACCACAACAACAACAACAACAACAACAACAACAACAACCUACAAAUGGUUCUUAUCCCAUUAACAACGGAACUUCUCCAACUUCUCCAGUCUCACCUGGAUAUCCUUCUCAGCAUCCUUCUAUGGGAGUUGUUCUUGAGGAAUCAUCUAUAAAACCAUCUAAAGCAUCAGUUACUACUACUAACAAUAAUCAAUCUUCUAUUCACUCUGCGUCUCCAAGUCCCCCCCCACCUUUACAUCAAAAUCCCGCCAAUCCUCUAGCCAUGGUAGGCCUUGCAAAUGCUCUUCCUAAUGCUCCUCCUCCUGCACAAACAAAGGUUUCUUCAAGAACUGCUGCUGCUGCUGCUGUUCAACCAAUCUCUCCAACAUCUUCACCUCAACUCUCCUUACCUUCUCAACAAUCAAACGGCUCCCUGGCUGCUCUGCCGUCAUCCUUCUCUACAGCCACAAUAGAAACUCAUCCUACCACAUUGGUGGGUCCCCCAAAACAACAACAACAACAACAACAACAACAGCAAAACGCAUCUGCUGCAAAACCAUCAAAAUUAGUGACAUCAUCGUUACUACUCCCAGAUGAUACCGCAAGUAUCAUUACCUCGGGAUCUUCAUCCUCCGCCCGCUCAGGAGCUUCUCCAGGACCUCCCUCCUCCUUGGCAUCUACCGCACACGUCCCAGGAAGUGUUGCCGAAUCUCAUGCUGCUACCUGUCUAUUAGUACCUGCCAACUGGGCUGGAAUCCCCAAACCUAUUGCCUCACAACUCAAAACUUCUCGGUUUGUUGUACUUGGCGAAGUGGCCGAUGAUUAUACUACUCUUUUAAACGUUGUAGGUUCUACAGUUUCAUCAUCAUCAUCAGCCUCAACAGCCGCUGCAUCCGUUUCUUCAGCAUCAGCAUCCGUAAAUGGCUCAGGAGCUACAGUCCCGGCAGCCCUCAUUAACGGCGUUGCUGUAGCUGCAGUACUCGGUCAUCACUUACACUUUUUGCGAUCUGCACGGCGGCUUGAGAAACUAGGUGGUAUGCUACGUGAAAUGGUGGGCACAGGUAAAAAAGUCCGUGACGAUGCAACUUCAGCAUUACCAGACUUGGGUUUAGAUCCUUCACAACUUUCAAGCCUAGGUGAUGGUACAGACCAUGCACCAAAUAUUGCGAGUGGGCUUAUUGGUAAAGCUGGUGGUAGAGGAACAACUCCCUCUGGCCGACGACCUAACCUAUCACUCAUGUCUGGACUCAUUACACAAAUUGAAAAGGGUGAACGAGAUGUCAACUCAGUUGUAAAGGGUGUUUCACCAGCAAGUGCAUUAAGUUCUAAUACAACACGACGAAUCACUACAGGACUACAUCUUAGUGGCAGCGCAUCAUCAGUAGGUGCAGCAACAACAAGUGGCAGCACACCAGCUGCAGCUGUGGCACAGUCGUUGCUGCAAAAAUAUGGCAAAUGCCAAGAAAUUGUAGGUAAGGGAACAUACGGGACAGUUCGAGUGUCUCAUAAGUUUGACAAGACACUACAACGGGAGACCUUAUAUGCAGUGAAGGAGUUUCGGCGGCGAGUUCAAGAAUCAGAGGCCCACUUUAGUAAACGAUUAACAUCUGAAUAUUGCAUUUCAUCAUCAUUACAUGAUAAUAAUAUUAUCCAUACAUUGGACCUUAUGAAAGACGGUCGAGGAGAAUAUUGUCAGGUGAUGGAAUAUUGUGAUGGAGGAGACUUAUAUUCACUAAUUUUAUCAUCAGAAGGUGGACUCAAACAAGCUGAAGCAGAUUGCUUUUUUAAACAACUUGUACGUGGUGUGGCAUACAUGCAUUCUAUGGGAGUUGCACAUUGUGAUUUAAAGCCAGAGAAUUUAUUAUUGACAUGUAAUGGGGCACUUAAGGUGAGUGAUUUUGGUAAUGCGGAAUGUUUCCAAAUGGCAUGGGAAACAGAGGUUCAUUUAUCAUCAGGAGUAUGUGGGUCUAAACCAUACAUUGCACCUGAACAAUUUAAAGAUCGAGAAUUUGAUCCUCGUCAUGUGGAUGUUUGGGCAACUGGUGUUAUUUAUAUGGUAAUGAGGACUGGGUCAUAUUUAUGGCAAGUGGCAAAUUUAGAAGAAGAUCCAUUAUAUGAGAAAUAUUUACAAGGUCGCAAACAAAAGAAUGGAUUUGAACCUAUUGAAGCAUUAAGAAGAGCAAGGUGUCGUAAUGUGAUUUAUUCUAUUUUGGAUCCUAUACCAUCAAGAAGAAUUACAGCUAAACAAAUUCUUAAUUCAGAAUGGGGUCGGUCUAUUCAUAUUUGUGAAGCUGGUGAACGUGGAUAUUAA